AUGGAAAAACCUAACCUAUUUAUAAUAAUAUGGAGCAAUAUAUAUUUAAAGAGUUUAAUUAUAAAACAUUUAAGGUUAUAUUAUAUAUUUAGAUAUAAAUAUUUUAAUAGAUUGGAAGAUUUUAUAAUUUUUAAAUAUAAAGAGUAUCUUUCUGAAAUAAUCUUUUCCUUUUCUAUUGAUAAAGAUAUUGAUUUAGAAACCAUAUUACCUUCAAAUAUAGAGUGUAUCAAACUUCAUAACUAUUAUAAUUUUAAUUCAAAAGUACCAAGUUUUAUCAAAAGUUUUGGUAGAAUAAAUAUUGGUGAAGAUUUUUCAAAUGAAAAUAUAAAAAAUUCAAAUCUUCAAAAAAUUUUUAUUGGAAAAAUAUCAGGUAAUAAAAAAUUAAAUUUUAAAGAGUUGCUACCAAAUUCCAUCACAAGUUUAAAUAUAGAAAAAUAUCAACUUUCAUUGGAAAAUGAACUACCCCCAAACCUCAAGAUUUUAAAGUGUCAAUAUAAAGCAGUAAACAAAAAUAGAGCAAUACCACAGUCAGUUACCAAACUCAAAUAUUUAAUGGACAGAGACUCUACACUAACACCAAAAACCUUACCAGAUAAUUUACUUUUUUUAAAAUUAGAAAAAAAUUUUCUUGGCCAUGUCCAUCUCCCAAUGGAAAAUGGUUUUGUUUUUCCUCAGUCUUUAACAUAUUUAGAAAUGUAUUGCGGUGCCUCAUUAGAUUUCAGAUUACCAUCCCAACUAAAGCAUCUUGAUUUAGAAAUGUUAGAAAGUGCCUUUCCAAUUACAACUGAAAUGUUACCUAAAACAUUAAAAACUUUUAUAUUUUAUGGUGGUUCAAACUUCGAUCAUGACAAAGUUGUUCUUCCCGACACUAUCGAAAAGUUAGAGUUUAGUUUACAUUGGUCUGGUAAUUCCUUUAAUCAACAAUUAAAAAAACAAUUUUUACCAAAUAGUUUAAAGCAGCUUAGUUUUAAAAAUCAUCAUCCAUCAAGGCUUCAGAUAGAAAAAGGCUUUAAUAAUGGUGGGUUUCCUUUAAUCGAAGAAGGCUUAUUUAAACACACUCAACUAACCUCUAUAGACUUUGGCGACAUAUUUAAUCAACCCAUUGGCAUAAAUGUAUUACCACCAACACUUAAAAAACUAAAAUUUGGGAAAUGCUUCAACCAAGAACUUAUAGAAGGAAGCUUACCAUACUCUUUAGAAUUCCUAAAUAUUUCAAAUUUAUCCUACAACAAAUUUAUUAAACCCAGCAACCCUUAUACAAUAGUUUUUUCCAAAUCAUAUUACAACCAGUUUGAAAAUUCACCAGAAAAACUUUUAACAAUGAAAAUGCUCCCAUUAGAAUUUUAUAUUUAUAACGAAAAACCAUCAAUUAAUAAAUACAAAAAUUUAGAAGUUUUAGAUCUCUCAUAUUCUAAAGAUUUCAUUCAAUUUUCAAAAGAAGACUUACCAAGUAACUCAAUUAAAAAGCUAAUUUUAAACUUUUUUUUUGUGGGCGAAAUAGAUUUAAAAUAUUUUCAGAAUUUAGAAACUAUUGCAAUCAAAGGAUCCAACCCCAAAAUCACAACAUCAAUAGACGAAAAUGGAUUUUAUAAUUAUUAUAAUUUAAAAACCAUAAAAGUAAAAUCAAAAGACUAUGAUUUUUUAGAAUCAGCAUAUCCACUAUUUAAUCAAUUUUUUAGUAAUAAAAAGUAA